AUGGACACACUCGAUCCCAGUAAUCUGUCUGAGCUCGAGAGCUUGUCUGACUCGGAUUGGUUAGAUAUCAGCAGCAGGGCAUCCGGAGAUACCGACUCCGUUACUGGUUUCGACGACAGCGAUCGCGAAGAUGUCGACAACAGACCGUCCUCCCGGAGGUCUUUCAGCAGCAUCGAUAGUUCUCGCGAUGGCGAUGUGCAAGGUUGGGAAGGCUUGGCCGAAGACGGCUUUGAUGAAUCUCCCCCAGGAGAGUGUUUGCUACAUGUCGACACCGUAUCGCUCUCCUCUCGAUUGGCAGCGCUCUCGAGUGCUUCGGUGCCUUUCCACAAGGACGAUGAAGACCCCGAGGAGGAGCAGCGCGUCAAGGAUGCACUCGAUCAGAGCAUGAUGAGCACCCUCAGCUCGUCGCGUUCCAAUUCUCUGAAUGCGUCUGUGCAGACCUCAAUUGUCCAUUCUCGUGAUCUCAGACUUUCCUUCCCUGAUCCACUCACAAGUUCGUGUGAUGAACAUAUGAAUACGUCGUACGAAGACGUGUCGGUCCCAUCGGAUCCAGUUACGACCGCCCCCGACGCUGAAGCCGACACACUGCUUCCAUCUGUCACGGAACUUAUCGCUACCACUUUGGCGCCUUCUGCUGCGGAUCCGGGUUCAGUCGCUAUACCCGAGGUCCCUCAGGAAGACGUGUUCGAAGCUGGACAAGCCAAGACGAGCCCUGAUUUCUACGUCGUUUUGUACGGCGUCUCACCCACAACGAAGUGGUCUCUAGUCGAUAAACUUCUUGAGAAGAUUGCUCAUGGCACGUCUAUGACUUUGUCGUCCGAUUUUAUGGAGCAGGACAAUGCGUUUCCUCAUGUUUCAUUUGUGCCUCGUGGAGAGUCACGAGAGAAGCGUGUCGUCUCUAUUGUUGACCGCACAGACUUGCUCAAGGGCGGCGACAAUUCGAGUUAUGUUUCCUUAGAUCGGCCAUCCUUGGCGAUUGUGUUCCUUCCUGCUACUGUUCUGAAUCUCCCGGAGCAUACGCUCUACCUCCCCAUGUUAGCGCAGAGUUUCAGCGUCGUCGAUCUGCCAUACUGUCCAGAUCAUCUCCUCGACGCUGAGCAACAGUGGGAGACUUGUGGAAUACCUCACAGCAAGGUCGUGCGUUUGGCCCGCGGUUCUUCGUCGGUCGUUGAGCCCGACGAAGUGGAACGUGCGAGGCCAUUGCAAGUUGCUCGCGCGUUGCGACCCGUUUUAGCUAUGGAAGUCAGUACCUCAAUGCAGAGACUGCGUUCUGCACAUGCGUUGACUAUUUUUGCGGUCUUGUCUAUUGUCCUUGGAUGCGUGAUCAAGGGAUCGCUUACACAGUCUACUGCGACAUAUCUUCCACAGCAGCAGCAGACUUCCUCACUUUGGGGUCUCCUCCGCCCGCCCACUGCGCCAGUCACGUCAUCAUCUCCGGCAAAUCAUUCGAAUGCCCUUGCCUCAUCAUCGCUGAAGGAUUUUGCCCUGGCGGUCCUUCCUCCUGCUCCCUCAGUCGCUACAACUUCCGCCUCGCGAUUGUCUUCCACGGCGACUGGAGUAGCCAACCACGCAGUGCUCACGGGCGCGCCUUCCGAAUGCAAUUGCGGUUGCGGUCUCAUUACUUGGCCUGGGAAAUACGAGUUAUCCAAUGAGUUGGCACUUCGGCCUACGCCCUCUGUCCCCUCUUUGAGGGCAGAGGAGCGCAGCAAAGUCGGCCUCUCCUUCAUGUCUACCCAGCCACAGGGUAAAGGCAAAGGGAGAAUUCCAGCGGAUGGAUCAUUGUACGAGUUGAGUACGCGGAUCGCUGGUGCGCUCUCGGAAUACUUCGAUAUCGGAACUGUCGUGGCGGUCGUACACAAAGAAUUCCAGGACAUUUUCGACGCGCUGGAUGAACUUGUGGACGCAAUCAGGCGGCAGACAGCGUCAGCUUGGGAUCAGUCGAGAGGGAUCGUGCGGUCGCUGCAAGAGCAGAUGGAGCAGAGGCAUGUGCGGGCACGCAACCGGGCUAGAGAGCUCAAGGAUAUGGGUGGGCGGCUGAUGUCGACGGUCGGUGAUCAUGUUCGCGAGCGGACGGGGUUGGCGAAGAAGACUGCGCGGGCCCUGCGCGAUAGCGUUGUUGCAAUGGACACGUGGAAGACUGCGCGGGAACGCAGGAUUGAAGCGAUGAAAGUGAGGAAGAUGGGUAGGGAGCGACGACUGCAGCGACAGGGGAGAAUGCGUCGUGCCCUGAAGCACUAA